AUCUCCUUGGAUUUCGUUGACUAAAACGACUGGCCAACACUUUUAGCUCCUCACAGCAGCAUAUUCGGCGAAAUGAAUUUAAGGAAGCUUCUCUUGAUUCCUGGCUUGCUGGCCUCUUUUGUUAUUACAUUACUGGCAGGGCCAUUGCCACAACCAUGUGGUAAAAAAAUGUACCCUAAAAAGGUGCUGCGACGUAUACUGAAGGAGAAACGCUUUAUGAUCAUGGAAAACGCCAUGGCUGAGGCAGACGAAUCAGGCCUUAAGAUACCGCUACUAAGAAAAACACGCUCUGCCUCGCCCAUAAUGCAGGGGGCAUCCCCCUGUCAAUGGCAAUGGCGGUCUACAGACCGACCAAGUGAAAUUCCAAGGUUUUUAAGAGAGGCACAUUGUCCAAACUGCGACCAUUACUGUACCGCCAUAAAGUACACAGUUAAAGUUUUGGUCCAAGAUAAGUGCGACCCAAAAAGCGGCUUACCAAUCUGGCGAUGGAAGGAACGUGAAAUAACAGUUGGGUACUUUUACAAGGGAAGCAGAUAAAACGUAAAUUUGUCUACUUAUGUGAUCAACUGCUCAAGUCUCCUGACGGUGGAAAUGCACUCGUGAGCAUUCAGGCGAAGAGAAUCAAGGGAAGUAGUCCAAAAUCACUAUUUUGAUGAGGACAGAGAUUUUUCAAGUGA